GGGAGGAGGGAGCACGGCGCACUGGAGCCGGCAGGCGGCGGGAGCCCGAGAGAGCCGCCUCGGGAGUGCGGUCUCCAUGGCAGUGCUGGGUGCAGCCAGAGCUUGUCCAGGUGGCUGAGCCCCACCCCCAGAACCCCUUGAGGCAUCUAGAAGAUUCCCGACUGGUCAAGAACCAGAGGAAGAAGAGACCUGGAAGUUGGCAUGUCCCUCCAGACAAUCUUAUAGUUGGGAAAGCAACCAGCUUGCUCCCCUCCAUCAACCACAGGGAUACUUAAGAAGGGGCCCCACCCAAUAUGGAAGCUGAGGACUGCCUCUGCUGACCCUCAGCUUCCUCCCUUGCCCUCCACACCUGCCCUCAGCUGGGUCAGUCAUGCAAUGCUGAGCAGUGAGGGGGGCCUGGGGGCAGCCUGCCUCACCACAGGGCAAGAAUUGUGGGCAUCAUGGGGGUGUGUGUGAGUGAGGCUCCUGGGUGAGACCUAGCCCCCGCCCCCAGGAGUUCGAGGGGGGGUGGGGGGCCGAAGAUAGGAUGGCUCGGGGUGGGGCGGGGGCAGAGGAGGCCUCCUUACGCUCCAAUGCAUUGUCCUGGCUAGCCUGCGGGCUGCUGGCACUGCUGGCCAAUGCCUGGAUCAUCCUUAGUAUCUCGGCCAAGCAGCAGAAGCACAAGCCGCUGGAGUUGCUGCUCUGCUUCCUAGCAGGCACACACAUACUUAUGGCGGCUGUGCCCCUCACUACCUUUGCUGUGGUGCAGCUACGGCGCCAGGCUUCCUCCGACUAUGACUGGAAUGAGAGCAUCUGCAAGGUCUUUGUGUCCACCUACUACACACUGGCCCUAGCCACCUGCUUCACAGUUGCCUCACUCUCCUACCAUCGCAUGUGGAUGGUGCGUUGGCCCGUCAACUACCGCCUCAGCAAUGCCAAGAAGCAGGCACUGCAUGCGGUCAUGGGCAUCUGGAUGGUCAGCUUCAUCCUCUCCACGCUGCCCUCUAUCGGCUGGCACAACAACGGAGAGCGCUACUAUGCCCGCGGCUGCCAGUUCAUAGUCUCCAAGAUUGGCCUUGGCUUUGGUGUCUGCUUCAGCCUCUUGCUACUUGGAGGCAUUGUCAUGGGACUGGUCUGUGUGGCCAUUACCUUCUACCAGACGCUGUGGGCCCGGCCUCGGAGGGCCCGACAGGCCCGGAGAGCAGGGGCUGGUGGUGGGGCCAAGGGAGGUGGGCCAGGGGGCUUGGGUACUCGACCAGCCUUUGAGGUGCCAGCCAUUGUGGUGGAGGAUGCUCGAGGGAAGCGGCGAUCCUCGCUGGACGGCUCUGAGUCUGCCAAGACGUCUCUGCAGGUCACCAAUUUAGUCAGCGCCAUCGUCUUUCUCUAUGACUCACUCACAGGGGUACCCAUCUUGGUGGUGAGCUUCUUCUCCCUUAAAUCGGACUCGGCUCCCCCGUGGAUGGUGCUGGCUGUGCUGUGGUGCUCCAUGGCACAGACGCUGCUGUUGCCCUCCUUCAUCUGGUCCUGCGAGCGCUACCGUGCUGACGUGCGCACCGUGUGGGAGCAGUGCGUGGCUAUCAUGUCCGAGGAGGAUGUCGAUGAAGAUGGGGGCUGUGAUGACUAUGCAGAUGGCCGAGUGUGCAAAGUUCGCUUUGAUGCUAAUGGGGCCACAGGACCAGGUUGCCGGGACCCCACCCAGGUGAAGCUGCUGCCUGGAAGGCACAUGCUCUUUCCUCCUCUUGAGAGGGUCCACUACUUACAGGUCCCUCUGUCCCGCCGUCUGUCCCACGAUGAGACCAACAUUUUCUCUACCCCACGGGCACCAGGCUCCUUCCUGCACAAGUGGUCAUCCUCUGAUGACAUCCGGGUCCUCCCAGCCCAGAGCCGAGCCCUGGGGGGUCCUCCUGAGUACCUAGGACGACGCCACAGGCUAGAGGAUGAAGAGGAUGAGGAGGAGGCUGAAGGCGGGGGGCUGGCCAGCCUCCGCCAAUUCCUGGAGGGUGGGGUUCUGGGGGCAGGUGGGGGACCUACACGAGGUCCUGGCUUCUUUAGGGAGGAGAUCACCACCUUCAUUGAUGAGACACCUCUGCCUUCUCCAACUGCCUCACCAGGGCCCUCUCCUCGCCGGCCCAGGCCACUGGGCCUUUCACCCCGCAAACUGUCCCUUGGGUCCCCUGAUAAUGGAGCCAUCGUACUUCCUUUGGGGCUAAGUGCUGGGAGACGUUGCUCCCUGACAGGGGGUGAGGGGACUGCAAGGGCUUGGGGAGGAUCUUGGGGCCCAGGCAACCCCAUCUUCCCUCAGCUGACCUUGUGAGCUCAAGUGGGUCUGCUGAACUGAGAGGAGGAACCUGGGUAGGUAACACCUCAUUCUGGCACUGAGCCGAGAGCAGUUGCCUCCAGACUCUUGGGUGGUGGGCACUGGAACUGGAGCCCUGGGGCCCUUGCUGUUUCCCAUCCAAGUGACCAGAUGCCCUACUCACCUUCUAUCAUCCCUAGCAAAAUGUAUUAAAGUCUGAAGUGUUACCAUGG